AGGCUGCUCAGAGUACUCAAAUAUUUGGGCUUAGAGACUGAUCUGUUUCUAAUUAAAUUCAUCAUCGUCUUCUCCCCUAGAACCUCUUCCCUAGAACCCUAGAGCAAUCUGGGGAUCGAAAAUGAAGCACUCAAUCCUGAGAUCCAUCUCGCUCUGCUCUCGCAAUCUUCGACCUUUCUUCCAUACCAAGCAAACCCCCAAAUCUAGCCGUUCAAUUUUGCUGAACAAUCGAUUUUUCGCCAGCGGAAACCCUAACCCUAGUCGCCCAAUUCCCGGGUCGAAUCCGGAGCAGUUCGAUAGUGUUGCUGUUCUAAACUCUGCUAAGGAUUCUCAAGACCUCAGCAAUGAAGCAUUGAAGAAGAAGAUUGAGAGGCUGGCUGAAGGGGAUGGAGAGGCAAUUCCCGAAAUAUUUGAGGCAAUUUUGAAGAGGAAGUUGGGCGGCAAAAGUGCCGAGGAAGACGAGGAGCUGAUGAAAGAUAUUCGGAGCAAUCCCAAAUUCGAUCAGGAUUUUGAUGAAAGUUACUUGAAUCACUCUAGUAAAGAAGGUGAUAACCACGGCGACGACGAUGACGAUGAUGAUGAGUUUGAUGAUAGUGAAGAUUUUGAAGAAGAUGAAGAAGAUGAAUUAGACUGAGUGGAAUUCUGGGGAUUGGCUAUGAAUCCUUCUCAAUUUUGCCAUUCAAAUCAUUAUAUGUUAUGGUAAUUGUUGAUUGACUAUUUUAAGUACGGAUUAUAGUGGAAGAAUCAAUGCCAAUACGCUUAGAAAUUUGAGGUUUCAGGUGAAUACGUACAUAUCUUCAAAUGCUCAUUCUUGUUUCCAGAAUUUAAACAAAUUUACAGAGUUUUG